CUGCGCGGCGGUGCUGGAGCUAUGGCGGCCUCGGAGGCGGCGGCGGCGGCGGGGCCCGCGGCUCUGGCGGCGGGCGGUCCGGCCGUGCCGGCGGCCGCGAGGGGAGCCGCCGCCGCCGCCUCGGGCCCGUGGGGCCUCCCGGGGCCCCGGCUGAGGGGGAGUCGCCCGCGGCCCUCAGCGUCCAGGCAGCCGCCCGCGGCCCCCGCGCCGCCGGCCCGGGAGCUCAUCCAGCCGUCGGUCAGCGAGCUGUCCCGGGCGGUGCGGACCAACAUCCUGUGCACCGUGCGCGGCUGCGGCAAGAUCCUGCCCAACAGCCCGGCGCUCAACAUGCACCUCGUCAAGAGCCACCGGCUGCAGGAUGGCAUAGUAAAUCCAACAGUAAGAAAAGAUUUGAAAACUGUGCCGAAAUUCUACUGCUGUCCAAUUGAAGGAUGCCCUAGAGGCCCCGACAGACCGUUUUCUCAGUUCUCCCUCGUGAAACAGCACUUCAUGAAGAUGCAUGCUGAAAAGAAGCAUAAAUGCAGUAAGUGCAGCAAUUCGUACGGCACUGAGUGGGACCUGAAGAGACAUGCAGAGGACUGUGGGAAGACAUUCCAGUGCACGUGUGGCUGUCCCUACGCCAGCAGGACAGCGCUGCAGUCCCACAUCUACCGGACUGGCCACGAGAUCCCUGCAGAGCACAGGGAUCCACCUAGUAAGAAAAGGAAAAUGGAAAACUGCUUACAAAACCAGAAGUUGUCCAAUAAGACCAUUGAAUCACUGGGCAACCAACACACCCCCACACUAGACUCUCAAGAACUAGAAACAUCAGAAAGCAAGCUCGGAGCCACUGUGGAAGACUCCUGUGGCUCCAGUGCCAAAAAGCAGACUCUGACUUCUCCAAGAUACUCUCAGAAGUUGCUCUUACCGAAGCCCAAAGUGGCUCUGGUUAAGCUCCCUGUGAUGCAGUUUUCCUCUGUGCCCGUCUUUGUGCCUACGGCCGACCCCUCGGCCCAGCCUGUGAUGUUAGGUGUGGAUCAGGGCUCUGGCACAGGGGCUGUGCACUUAGUGCCCCUGCCCGUGGGAACCCUGAUCCUCGGCCUGGACUCGGAGGCCUGCUCUCUUAAAGACAGCCUCCCGCUUUCAAAAAUCAUAAACCCUGUUGCUGUAGAGCCAAUCAGUACAGGUGUACAAGUGAACUUGGGCAAAGGUCCAUCCAGUCUUGUACAAGCACAGGGGGGCACAGGUCAGAAGAGCAGCCUGUGUUCAACCAAUGUGCAGACAGACCUGUCUUACGCCUCCCACGGUGUCCUGCCUUCGGCACAGUGGGCUGGCCCUGACUCUGCCGUGUCCUCCUGUUCUCAGACUGACUUGUCAUUUGAUGCUCAGGUGUCCCUUCCCAUCAGUGUCCACACCCAGACAUUUGUGCCCAGCUCCAAGAUGACCUCAUCCAUAGCUGCCCAGACAGACGUGCUCCUGGAGCCUUGCUUUCAGUCAGGUGGGGUCUCCCGAGAAACUCAGACCAGCAGGAUGUCAGCUCCCACAGAGGACUGCGUGCCUGUGAGCCACGCCGGGAUGUGUGGAGACAUCUUUGAGAGCGUCCAUUCGUCCUACAGUGUCUCCGCAGACACCAUGAUGAGCAGCAGUCUGGAGGCAGAGUCAGUGACUCAGGGUUUGCUGCCCAAAGCUUUAAAUCCAGAGAUUGAGAAAUCAACACCAAUGUUAAACUUCAGCACACAGAACACCACAGAUAAUCAGACCCAAACCAUAGAUCUGUUAAGUGACUUGGAAAACAUCUUGUCAAGUAACCUGCCUGGUCAGACAUUGGAUAAUCGCAGUCUUCUGCCUGACACGAAUCCAGGGCCUGACCCCCAGCUCCCAUCUGGCCCAAGCCAGAACCCUGGAAUAGAUUUUGAUAUUGAAGAGUUCUUCUCAGCCUCAAACAUCCAGACACAAACCGAAGAGAGUGGGCUGAGCACCAUGAACCCUGAGCCUGUCUUAGAGUCACUAGACAUCGAGACACAAACGGACUUCUUCCUCGCAGACACGUCUGCCGCGUCCUACAGCUGCAGGGCCAAUGCUAACUUCUUAGGCCUUGAGAUGUUUGACACGCAGACACAGACAGACUUCAACUUCUUCCUGGACAGUGGCCCUCACCUGCCCCUGUCCUCCAUCCUGAAGCACUCCAGCUUCUCCAUGAGCACCGACUCGUCGGAUACAGAGACCCAGACUGAGGGCAGCUGCGCCACCAAGAACUCACCUGCCCUGGAAGGCAAGGUCGAGUUGAACAGUGCAGAGACACAGACCAUGAGCUCUGGUUUUGAAACCCUGGGGAGCUUGUUCUUCACCAGCAACGAAACUCAGACAGCAAUGGAUGACUUUCUUCUGGCUGAUUUGGCCUGGAACACGAUGGAGUCUCAGUUCAGCUCUGUAGAGACCCAAACAUGUACUGAGCCACACGCAGUCUCCAACUUCUAGUAGUGGG